UACCCGUCUCCCCUCCUCCGGAUCGCGACUCUCUCCUUCGCUCGCUCGCGGUCUCGCCUCGUCUUCUUCUCCUCCAUCCCCACCAAACUCCGCCCCUCUCCUCUUCCUCGAAACCUCCGGCCGCCCACCCACCCUCCCUAGCGCCGGACGGACGAGAGCGCGGUCUGUUCGAUUCGAUUCGCUCGGGCGCCCGGAAGGAGGAGGCGAGGCGGGCGGCUUCCUGCUCCGGCCCACACCACACGCGCCCCCUGCGCAGCUAGCGAGAUGGCGGCCGACGCCGGCUUCGAUCCCUCCGCGGCGGCCCUCGCUGCCACCUCCACCUGCGCCCACUGCCAGCGAGAAAUUCCAUCUUCAAACAUUGACUUACAUUCAGCACACUGCGCUCGUAACCUUCAAAAGUGUGAACACUGUGGAGAAAUGGUGGCCAGAAAACUUAUGGAUGAACACUACAACGAAAGCCAUGCCCCAGUAAGUUGCACUCUUUGCAAGGAAAUCAUAGCACAUGAGAUCUGGGAUCUCCAUAAAAGUGAACAGUGCCCACAAAGGAUUGUCGCGUGUGAAUAUUGUGAAUUUGAGUUGCCAGCGGUUGAGCUUCAUGAACAUCAGGAUGUAUGCGGAAACCGUACAGAAUUUUGUCAAACAUGCAAGAAGUAUAUCAGAUUACGUGAAUGGAUCGGGCAUGAGUUACAGUGUCAUGCAAAUACAAAUGGUUCUGCACAAUCAUCAAGUGCCAGAACCAUUCCAGAGAGAGAAGUGCGUCCUCCUCCACCAGUACGACCACCACGACCUAUUCAUGGUGCACAACACAAGCGUCUGCUCUUCACAAUUGCAGUAACGGGCAUCGCAGUUAUGAUCGGUUCAAUACUUUUUCAGAGGGAGGAAAGUUUCUAAUUUAGUCCAGUAUCUAAGCACUCUCCCCAUCGAGUUGAUUCCAACAGUAACAGCAUAAAGAGUUACCUUGUUGUACAAUUUACCCCCAUAAUCAGUCGAUAAGAUCAGUUGUUUGUUUGAGAGUACAGUCCCUGGCAUGGCUUUGUCAAAAGAAUCGAAAUAACGAUGAAAAUGGCCAUUAUUCUCAGUGUUAUAUCGAGAUAUUUGAAG